GUGUUGAAUUUUGUAGGUGGUUUCUACUGCUUUUUUGUUGAUUUGUAUUUCUUUUUUAAAGAAAUGAAGUGGACUACAGCAAAUGUGAAGCACCCCAAUUACACAGCCAAGCAUGAAAUUUUCGUGGGUACACACACAGGGUCAUUUAAACAUUUGCAGACCGGGAAUGAGAAAAACCCCUACGCACAAACAAAUCUUAGCGAACUAAGCAACCUUAGUAAGGACUCACGCAUAACGGCACUGUCGUUCGGCAAUGACGAGCAGACAGAAAUCUUGCUCGGACGAGCCCAAAAUAACGCGGAAUUACACUCCUUAGCUCCUGGACCUUCAAUGCGCCAGAUCACUUUUAAUGGAGCACCAAUUGUUGGUUUGGUGCGUUGCAAGAGUCAUCUGAUAGCGGGCAUUGGCAAUGGGCAGAUACAGAGCAUAGACCUUGAUACAAUAACUGAGGGUGAUGUAACUCCUCCCGUUGUUAUUAGCACUGGCGAUCACAUGGACCAUUUGCGUCAAUGUCCUACUGCGCCUCACAUUGUGGCCUGUGGUGGGAAGGCCCGUCAGAACAAUCUUAAAGUUUACGACUUGAAUGCCGAGGGGAAACUGAUAUUCAACUCAAAGAACGUGCCCCACGACUUCUUACAGCUGGAGGUGCCUGUUUGGGACAGCGAUAUAGGUUUCUUGGAGGGACCACACGUUUUAGCCACAUGCUCACGUAAAGGCUAUGUACGUGUAUAUGAUUCGCGCAAACAGCGACGCCCUGUUUCCUACUUUGCCAGUGAGGAGCACGGCAUGAGCUUUGCAACACUGGUAGCCCAAGGCAACUACAUCUAUACAGGCACAACAAUGGGUGCAUUGAAGGCCUUUGACACACGACGCAUGAAAACUCAUGUACACACCUACAAAGGCUUUACGGGCAGUAUAAGCGACCUACAUUUGGAUCCCACAGGCAGAUAUCUGAGCUCGGCUUGUUUGGAUCGCUAUGUACGCGUCCACGACGCCGAAUCUACUGUGCAGCUCUACCAGUGUUAUGUGAAAUCGAAGGCUACUAAGGUGUUACUCAGACAAUUCCAAGAGUCAUCGCAGGAACAGCUUAGUAAUAGUGAUGAGGAGGUGGAAAUUGAUGCAGAACUACAACACAGAAGCAAAAACAAACCCAAAGCAACACCCGUAGAUGAUGAAUAUGAAAACAUGUUUGAUUCAAUGCCAACAGUGGGGGACAGUGGUGACGAAGCGUCUGAGGAAAAAGGGGUAAAGAAACGGAAAGCACCUAAGCAAGAGCUCAAAAGUAAAAAGAAAAAACCGUAGAUAUAUAAAAAAAAUUUAAAUAAGAAUAAGACUAAAAGCAAAUUAAAAAUUUCCCCAAAUA